AAUUGCUCAGUUAUAAAUUAUCCGCGUUUUUAAACACACGUAGAAAAGCAUAUAAAAGAAUGUCUUACAUUGGAAAUAUAUCCGAUAUAGAAUGUGAAAAAAGUGAAAGUAAUCGAAUUCGUACUUCGAAUUUGGUAACUAAGGCUCAAGCUAAUAAAUUGUCUUCUGAACCAAAAUGGACUACCAAAAGAGGUCCUGAUUCCGAUUCUGAAGUAUCGACUACUGACAAUUUUUUGACAAAAGGUGCCUUUCUUUUGACACCCUCAUACGAAUUGUCUAUGGAACGUGCUGCUCAAAUUUGCGAGAAAAUUACAUUCAAGGGCUGCUUUAGUUUGACAAAAACAGCCAGUGGCAUCCUAUUUAAGUUCUCUCAUCCCGACGAUUUUCAAGCAGUAUACAAGAAGGGCUUUCACAAAGUCACUGGUGCACGAUUUUAUCGCAAAAUAGCAAUACCAUGUCGACCACGAAAGACUUUCACCCUAUUUGUUCUAGAUGUUCCAGAAGAUUUGCCAGUGGAAGAUAUAAGACAUGCGUUGUAUAAGUUCGAUUCCGUUGUCGAAGUAGUUCGUUUGCAUUUAUAUCACCAGACGAGUUCUUCCUUAUCUCCAGAUAAGAACAUUGAAGGAGCUUCACCGCCAACAAAGGGGGAGGGAUCUGAGAAAAACGAGCGCACAGAACGCAAAGAAUUACCUCCUGCUGUUAUUCGCAUUACAUUAGCAUCUAUGGAUGAAUACAAUAUUCUUGUGCAAAACGGGCUAAAUUUUUACGAUGCUACAUUUUUUCCAACUGAGACUAAUAUCUCAUUAAAGGGCGCAAAAAUAGAAAACCGUAGAAGAAUGAUGGAUGGAAGUGUUUCCGGUCGUGUACGUGAGCUUCUCCCAGUUUUCGAUGCCGCUGGCUUUUGUAAAUUACCUCCACCGACGCGAAAAGUUAUUAAGCCUCCAAGGUCAUAAGCCAUAACAGACAUAUUUGUAAUGUGACAUGCAUAACUGGUACUAACCAUCCAUAUAUGGAAACCUUAUAAGUGUCGUAUCGUAAUAUUGUAGCGAACGGAAAGAAAAUUAAUUGAGUUGUUUAUUUUGUAUUUUAUUCUUUCAAAUUCAAAGCUAUUAGUUGACUGAGCUUUUAUAAAAUAAAUAAAAAAUAAAACCACGAUAUUUAUCACUAAAUGAAAAAAAUGCUCAUAAAGUAUUUUCGCAGUUUACGCAUUUUAACAUUCUAUCUUGUUUUGAUUAAAACUAAAUAAAAGUAGUUCCAAAACUA